AUGAGCAUGGACGCUGGCGGUCUUGCUCAAAUGACGUACAACAACCAAAACAACAACUUUCAAUCCCAGGCCGGAUUUGGCGGGCCCACUGCCAGCUUUGCCUCGCGCGGAAAGGGCGCUCAGCUUAAGCGUCUCAGCGUUGCCUCGCCUCCAAAGGUCGCCUCGAUUGCCGAGGACUCGAUUGCCACUCCCCGCACCAGCCGCUCGCACCUUUUGGCUGGCCUUCGCACUGCGCCUAAGACGCCCACGUCUGCUCAGCCUCCUGCUUCUGCGCCUUACUCCCAGGCACAGCACAACGUUGGUGCCAACAACGCUGCUAACAACAACAACAACAACAACCGCAUGCCCAGGCAGCAGUACAACGGUGCCAACCAGGGUGUUCCUCAGACGGCCAUUGGCUCCGGCUUCCGCGGUGUCAACCAGUUCCAGCAACAGCAGCAGCAGCCAGACUACUACAAUCAGGUCCUGGCUCCUCCUUCUUUCGAGUUUGAUGAUGGCGAGAUGGACCCCAACGUUGCUGCCCAACUCUUGGCUACUGAAAUGUACCUUGCCCAGAGGCAGCAGCAGCUUCAGCAGCAACUGCUUGCUCUGACCACGCAGCAGUUUGGCAGCAUGAACAUGUCUGGAGGACAUGGCUAUCCCAACACGCCAUACACUCCCCAGAUGAACGCCUAUGGCCAGCAGUUUGGCAACACUGCUGCUAUUCAGGAGACGAACCAGCCUGGUGUCUACCUGGUCUUCAACCAGAUGACCGGCCAGUACCAGUAUGUCGUCGACCCGAGCUACCAGCAGGACAACGGUGCCGUCCAGGCUCUCAACGCCAUGGCGGGUCUGUCCAACUCCCCGCCUCCGCCAACCCCGCGCUUUGCCGGAUCGCCCCCCAAGGUUGACACCCCUGUCCUUCAUGUGUCGCCUCCCAACGAGAGCAACCCCAGCCCCUGGGCCACCCGCAGCACUUCGCCUCCCAAGAAGUCCAACACUCCUCCCCAGGAUGUGGUUCCUCUUCCGCCGCCAUCCGCCAAUGCCUUCCGUCGCGGGCACAAGAAGAACCCUUCUACUCUUGCUGUUGACGCAAAGACCGAGGCUGCCGAGGGUCCCCGCUCUGCUCUCGCCCGUUCCGCUGGCUUCCCUGCUACCCCAAUGACUGGCACUUUCGGUCCUGGUCAGGCACGUGCUGGAGAGCACCCUGUCCGCCAGCCCCGCAACCCUCCUUCCAUUGAGGAGCUCAAAGAGCGCCCCACUACCAAGCACGAGGGUAGCAAGAACUUUGCUACCCGUCAACGCCGUCAGGCUGUGGGCAACCUUGUCCGCGCUGGCAUUGGACGCCGUGCUCACCGCACCAGCAGCGGAAGUGCCUCUCCGGACAGCGAGCAUUUCCCUUCGUCUGACAACGACUCGGACAGUGUCCGUAGCGGAGGCAGUGGCAGCCUUUCCGGCAGGCCCAGCAUUGGCAGCCUUCGUGCUGUAGCCAAUGGCGCUAUUGGCUCUGAGCGCAAGGCCUCCAAGGAGCGCUCUCGCGACAACUCUAUCAACCGCACCUACACUGCCAACAGCGUUAGCAGUGAUGACGGUGCCUCUGUUGGUGGCGGCCUUGUUGACAUCCGCCCAGAGGAGCGCCGUGGUACGCCCAAGCUCAUUCUCACUGGCACUGAGAAGCGCAAGAGCCCCGUCUACUAG